AUGCAGAAAGUGGGAAAGUUGGAUACCCAAGUGAACGGACAAAGCAUCCAGCCUGUCUCCAGCAGUGCUCAAAUAACAGAAAUGACUGCAGUUCAAGAUCACACUAAGAGAAAUAACACAACUAGGAAGCAAGAGGUGAAGGCGUCGGUACAAGAGCUUGCCUCUCGAGCUACUUCCCGAGUCAAGGCUGUAGCCGCGGAAAAGAUCACACCACCAAAUUCAGCAUAUCAAUUUGAGGUUUCUUGGCGAGGAUAA